ACGUAUGUAGAAAAGCUGCCCUCAAAGUCCAUUGAGUGUCCUUUCGCAUAGACGCCACUCUAAUGCCGCGCCGUUUCGUUGUUCUACUUAUUGCGUUUACUUGCGCAAUACUACCGGGCGGUGCAAUCGAGUUAGAAUUUAGCCUACUGCGUUGGGGUUGCGCUUUCCAUGUUUUUAAGGUUCGCGCUGUCGACGCCAUAACGGUUAGCGAGAAAGUUGUAAUUUUAUUUCCUUUGUUGAAUAAAUGCAUAUUGUUAAAAGUGUAAUGACGGGUUGGUCACAGCUAUUGUUGUGUGAAGUUGGUUCCGUAUUGGUGCCGGUUGGUCACAAUGAUUCGACGUAAUUUUUCGCGUCUUUAAUGGCCACCUUAGUUUCGCACGGGACUGCAGGAAGUCUGGUCCAGUAGUGCACGUGUGUCGAGUCCGUACGGGUGCGUCGAUUCGCGGAUAACCGGUGUUUGUCGUUGAGUUGGAUAUUGGCCAGGAUGUUGGUGCUGCGGUACUUGGCGUCGUUCUACAACUAUGUUAACUAUGAAGUUAGCGAUGCGAGGGUGAAUGACUUGCCGUUGAUGGGAACACCUUGGCCUGGAUUCGCUAUCCUUGGUUUAUAUCUUUGGUUUGUGUUGAAACUGGGGCCGAAAUGGAUGGAGAGUCGGAAACCAAUGCAGAUCGAUAAUAUAAUUAAGAUUUACAAUCUGGUGCAAGUUCUGAUUUGUUCAUUUCUUUUUGUGGAGGGUUUACGGUUGUGUUAUUUGCGCGACUACAGCUUACUAUGUCAACCAGUUGAUUAUUCAACCGAAGGGGUACCCUUUGCGAUCACCAGGCGAGCUUACAUUUACUUCUUGGUAAAAGUUAUAGAUUUGCUAGAUACUGUAUUCUUCGUGUUACGGAAGAAACAGAAUCAGGUCAGUUUCUUGCACGUUUAUCACCACACCGGAAUGGUAAUGCUGAGUUGGAGUGGAGUCAAAUGGUUCCCAGGUGGCCAUAGUGUAUUCAUGGGAUUCAUCAACAGCUUCGUUCAUGUGGUGAUGUAUUACUACUAUUUCCUAACUUCGAUCAGCCCCAAGUACAAGGCUAACGUUUGGUGGAAGAAACACAUCACUCAAUUGCAAAUUAUUCAAUUUGGAGCAAUAUUCCUCCAGUGGUUCGUGCUGGUGUUUCAACCGAAUUGCAACUUCCCCAAGUGGCCGCUGUUUGUCAUUCUUCCGCAGAACCUCUUCAUGUUUGUACUGUUUCUCGAUUUCUACUACAAGGCGUACAUCAAGAAGAAGCCUUCGAAACCGACUGUCGAGCCAAAACCAAAGGUAGAAAACAUCGAUGACAACGAGUUCAACGGUCGACACCCAGCCCUCAAAAAGACGAUGGUUGAUAGUCACGCUGAUUAACACAAAAAAAAAGUAGAAAACAGAGCAAAACUGCUUCGGACAGAACGAAUGUCGUGUUGCUGUGUUUUGUGUAAGGAAGUAGUAGCCGCUCAGUCUGAUUAGCCUGUAGUUGUAUAAUGUAUGUAGAAAUAUCGUCGAACUACUAUAGCUUGUGGACUCGUUUGAAAAUCGAUCCGAAACUCACGACAGCCAAAGAAAACUCGAAGGAUUUGAAUAUGGCAAUGCGUUUAAAAUUCUUUAAUUUAUGUAAGGUAAAUAGACGCAAGAGUGACCGUAUAUGACCUAAUUUGAAAUUAAAGUUGCAAUUUGCACUGGUAUAAAAUAAAA